GGUCAGCAUCAGAUCAAGCAGGGUUUGGUUUCCAGUGGUCCUGCUUUUGUCUUGCUCCUGCAGCUCACCAUCAACAUGAAGGUCUCUGUGGCUGCUCUUGCUCUUUUCCUUAUUUUUGCCUUCUCCUCCCAGGCAUCUAGUGCUCCAGUUGCACUUGACAUGAUGACUGUGUGCUGCUCAGGCUAUGCCACCCGGCCAGUCCCCCGUAGCCAUGUGAAGGAGUAUUUCUACACCAGCAGUAUGUGUACUCAUCCUGCUGUCAUAUUUGUCACCAGGAAGGAUCGCCACAUCUGUGCCAACCCUAAGGAUGAAUGGGUCCGUAAAUAUGUGAACUUCUUAGAAAUCCAGUGAGAAGGCCAAGAGUGGAUGGAGGCUUCAAGGGCAAGGUGCCCCUUUAAGGCACUUCAAGCUGUUUCUGCACAUACAGUUUUAGAACUGUCUCUGUUGUAAAUGAUGUAAUUUUCUGAUUUAACCAGGGCCCUGCCCACUUGUAGUGGGUAAAGAUCCUGUGAACCUUAGAGAUAGUGGCUUCAAGGAUGGUCAGCAGGCAUGAAUUAUGCCUAGGGCUGGAGCACUGAACUGAAGCUCAGGAGAGCUGGGUUCUGUUCCUAGCUCUGCUACUAGCCACUGGCUGACCUUGGGCAAGUCAGUUCCCUUCCCUGCACCUCAGGUUCCCUGUCUCUAAAGUGGGAAUAAUGGUGCAUAUAUUCUAUUUUGAGAUCUAGUCGU